UGGUGGUAACGUAUAUUUUGUUGAGUUUUUUAUCCAAAAGCUAGAAACAACCAGGGAUGUCUACUUUUCAAAAAUGUACAAAAGUGAUUUCAGAUAUCAGGAAUUUUCUUGAAGUACCUGAUCUCAAUUAACUGACACCCUUUUCUUUCAGUGAGGAUGGAUCCAAUAGUUAAACGUCUAAAAGAAGAUUAUUUAACAUGCGUGAUCUGCUUUGAACUCUAUAACGAACCAAAGGUUUUGUCAUGUCUUCACACUUUUUGUGAGGUUUGCUUGGAUGCCUUGAUACAGAAGUCUUCCGAGAAAGAACAACCUGUAUGUCCAAUAUGCCGGGAAAUAGUGCCAUUAACAGAACAAUCGGUGUCGGGAUUGAAAACGCACUUCGCUUAUAAAGAUAUGAUUGAAAAAAUAAUUAGAUCCAAAGGAUUGCCAUUGAAAAAAUUAUGCUCUUUUUGCAUGCUUCAUUCGAAAGAGGUAGAAGCAACGUACAAAUGUUUAACUUGUAUGGAUUUGCUGUGUGAGUUAUGUGCAAAAACCAGGCAUACAUAUACUAGACAGACCGCAAAUCAUAAUGUUGUCCACGUCAGGGACUACUUGGCGACAAAACACAAAGAGCCAAUCAGUCAUGAGAUACCCUGCGAUCAACAUCAAGAAAGAUUGCGCUUCUUUUGUCAACAGUGUUCCAUCCCAAUUUGUGGGGAAUGUGCUAUUGUGGAACACAUAUUCCAUGAUUAUGUAUCAUUUGCAGAGGCAAGAGACAUUGCUAAAGAGGAAUUGAAGAAAGUUUUACAAAUCUCGAAAGCAAAACAAGAAAAGCGACAACAAAUUCACACGACUCUGGUAUCUAAGUCGGAGGAGAUAUCAGCUAAUGAAUCAUUUUUAUUAGACAAGAUUGAUUCAACUUAUAAAGAAAUCGAAUCCAAGUUGAAGAAUCAUCGUCAAAUCGUUGAAGAAGAAAUAAAAAGAAAAUCUAGCCACGAAAGAAAAAACGUUGAUAUUAACAUUCAAGACAAUUUAAAUCUGCAGGACAAUUUACAAUCAUCAGUCUUGUUUUUUGAAAACAUGCUUUGCAAAGGAAGCGAUGCAGAAGUUGUUUUUUUUCUUCGAAGCAAUGAAAUUGUGUUUGCUGAAAUGCCCAGAACCAAUGGAGAAAGAAGUAAAUAUUUCCCUUCAAAGUUUGAUCAUUAA